AUGUUUCACAGAUUCUCUGCCGCGCCUGCAAAGGCAGACAGCCAAACGAAAGGCUCCGGAUCGGUUCGGGCCCGCAGCAAGAACAACAACAUGAUUAGCAAUGCAGACUCUAACCCUGACCCCGCAGACGCAGUCUAUCCCCUGGCCAAGCGGCAAAAGGCCGCCAGGGCAUGUGACCGCUGCCGCCUACAUCGCAUCAAGUGCGAUGAGCAGAAGCCCUGCGCACAGUGCGUCGGCAUCAAAACAAAGUGCGUCGUGUCAUACACCCCUCCACGCUUCUCUCAUACCAACAUCGACGCCGACCACGCGAAAUCCACGUCAUCGGCAGUACCCCCACCAAGACCGUCAUCACCCUCGCCUACUCACGCUGCAUGUCACGACAACAGGGCCAGCACCAGCAGCUCCACCACCACCAACACCAGCCCGAUCAGCCCUAAUGUUCCUCCAUCUCGCAUAAACAUGGACAAGGACAAUAUGUGGGCGACAAGAACCCCGCAGGAUAAUGUCACCAAGGAAUGUUUCAAUCUUGCUCAUAUCCAAGGCUUCUUUGCCAGUGGGCAGCCGGCCUUUUCAUAUAGCUCUGCCCUUGGAGGUUGCCUCUUCCCCCAGCUCCCGCAUCCCACCAUUCCCUCGGGGGACCACCUGCUUGCAUCGAAUGUGCUUCUCAAAAGCCAGCGGAGCUAUUAUCUCCAGCUUUUCUGGGAGGUUUGCCACCCGCUUCUGCCGAUCAUGAGCAAGACGGAAUUCGCCGAGCUCGACGCUCUGCCGCCACCGGUCAUGUAUGAUGAGUAUUCGGCAAGUAGCGCUCUUGUCGAUUCAAUGAUCGCUCUGGGCAUACAGCAUAGCCAUGUAACUGGCCUUGCUGGGCGGGUAUUGGGUCUCGUGCAGUCGCCCUCCCGGCAGUACUAUCACGCCGCCCUCCCACCGGAAGCCACCUGGUCCGGCUUUGAGCACUUCCAUCGCUGUCGUGAGUGCAUGAGGACCAACACAGAGGUUACCUUGGAGGCCCUACGAUGCCACGUUCUCAUGAUCCUGUACCUCGUGAAGGGCAACGCUUUCCGUGACGCAUACAACCUGCUCGGCAUCACUGUCCGCAAGGCCUACAUCGCCAAACUCCAUCGACCGCAACCGAGCCAUCUGCCCGAGGCGGGAAAGACUGCUCGAAUGCAGUUGUGGUGGGUACUCUUCUCCCUGGAUCUUCAGUGCUCGCUGCAGCUUGACAUGCCCCCCGCCAGCCAAAAGAGCCUCGUCAAAUGCCCCCUUCCUGCUGAGGACGCUCUUGCCCGCUACGUUUCCUCCCCACGGGAGGAUGGCAUGAACGCCUACGCGUACUCGAUCCAUUUGGUUAACCUCGCUGUCAUUGUGACUGACAUUGGCGCAUGUGUCUCGACCGCGGACCUUGUCGACGACAACGACGGCGGCAAUAGCCCGGCCUUCCUCGAACAUCACGCCCUAAAACUCUCGUCUGCUCUCCAAAAGCUCGAGGUCUGGCAUGACCAACUACCCUCAGAGUUACUCCUGAGCCAGUGCUCCGGCAAUAGUGAGAUGCUUGGCUUUGAUCUGACUCUACCCAACUGGCUGCGGCGGCAAGCGGUGCUCUUGGGGCUUCACUAUCACAACGCGUACACGCUGAUCCAGCGUCCCUUCAUCCGUCUCCGCUACGCCCACUCCAAUGACACUAGCAGCAUGAUCACCCCGCCCGACUCUCGGCAGCCGUGCGUGGAGCUGCACAUUUCUAGCGCCCUCCACCACGCAACCAUUAUUGUCGACACGGUCUUCACCGUCUGCUCCAUGUCUGACAUCUUCUACGGCUGGUCAGAGGUCAUCCAACCGCUCUGGAACGCGACGUUGACAAUCGUAGCCUACGUAUCUGGCAACUUGCUCAGCUCCGUAUUGCCGCGGGCGCUCGACUCCCUUACGCGUGCCCAGGCGGUUUUCGAGUUCUUUUCCCCCACCUGCCCGACCUCCUUCUCUGCAAAGGGAAUUGUCCAGUCGCUCGUCCACAGCCUGCAGAACAUGAAGGCGCAGGGCGCAUGUGCAGUUGCCCAUGAAAACCUGAUGGGCUGGGACCUUCUCGCGUCAUUGCUCGAGGAGCAGCAGACGUCCCCGGCCGCCAUCGAGACCGGCCCCGAGUCCAAUGAUCUCUAUGGGAACGUUCCCUUCACAACCUUUAUGUCUUCAGUCUCGCAAAUCAACACCCGCGACUUCAACUCGGUCACCAUGCAGUUUGGUGACUCUUAA